CACUUCCGCUCCUGCGCAGUCCGUCUCUCCACCGACAUGGCGCUGGCUAAGUCCGUCUACAACCUGCUCUUCAAGAGAACCUCCACCUUCGCCAUAACCAUCAUGGUUGGAGCCGUCUUCUUCGAGCGACUCUUCGACCAAGGUGGCGACGCGAUCUUUGAGCAAAUGAAUCGCGGGAAACUAUGGAAACACAUCGAACACAAUUACAAGAACAAAGAGGAGGAAUAGGACCGCAGCGGGGGUUACCUGAGGCUGAAGUGCAACUGAUGUCACACUUCCAUCAUCCAUUCUUCCUGGACUCCACACCUGAAGCAAGCAUCAGUCAACAUGGACAAUGUGCUCAUAUAGUCAUGCCUAGUGGGACCCGUGGGAGCUGAUUGACUGUCCAGACCACCAUGAAGAUGGAGCAAUGGUUCCUGUCACCUCGUCCCUCUUCCUGUUGUUAAAUGUUCUCCUCACAGAUUGUAUAUGAUUAAAUUAAACGUGUUAAUGUCAGACA